AAAUUACCUUAUCCACUUUUCUCCUGGCGUGUGAAGACACUAGCAGCCUUUCUCAACCGUGGCAACUUGGGUUGGAUUUCAACUGGCUCUGGCUGGAGAAUUCGGGGAGGGUUUUUUUGAAGCCCCUCACUCUUAAAAAGCUGCUGGAGGAUACAGCGUUGCCAAGUUCGCGCAGUGUGUCCCUUUAGGAACAGCUAAGGAAGGGGCUCUCUGCACCACCAGCUGUGCAAAAACCCUGGCUGGCGCUGCCCCCAUCUGGGCGUUCCAGGGAGCGCUCCCCCUUCCCUCCCCCCUCCCCAUUGACGCACAUCUGCUAAGUCAGAGCCUUGUGCUCCAACCCGGCCUUGGCGAUCGCAACUGGGGUUUGGGGUGCCCACGCCUGCCCCAGCCAAGAGGCGGAGCGGGUUGGGGGGGAAUCCCCUUACCCAUUGAGCCCAGCCCCGUCCAACCCUCCCUCCUCCUGCCUCCCCCUCCCCCUCCCCCCGGGACUUUCUUGCGGGAGUUUUGCAAAGUCUGCGCAGCCUUGCAAAUCGCCCCCCGAGUCUCCGCGCGGGCCGGAGGGAGCGGGGUCCCUUCCCGCCCCCCUGCUCUUCCUCCACCCCGGGACUGCGGCCGUUUAAGAAACCCCUUCCCCACUUCUGGCCCUGCGAGGCCCUGCCUUCCUGGCCGUUUGCAGAAGGGCUCGGGGUGCGCCAAGCAGCGCGCCAAGCGAUCCUGGAGCAGCGGCACGCGUCGGCCCGCCUCGGAGGCGCCUCCCCGGCCCGCCCCACCGGCCCCCUGGCCGGAGAGCCAGAGGAGGGACUCUCCCCCCCCCGCCGGAGGAGGCUCACAUGACCGAGGCCAGCGAUGGACCGAGAAGAAGGGCCCGAAGCGAGCCCGGGAGGAGCCGCGGACUCCGGGGAGCCUCCGGCCAGCGACCCCAAAGACCUAGAGGAACCGCCGAUGCAGAAGCCCCCGGGAAGCCCCUUAGUGCUUCCUCACACUUUGCAAGAGCUGUUGAGUAAGGACACGGUUCAAGUGCAGCUCAUCCCGGAGAAAAGGGGGCUGUUUUUGAAGCACGUGGAAUAUGAGGUCUCCAGCAAGCGUUUUAGGUGCUCUGUUUACCGGCGGUAUAACGACUUUGUAGUUUUCCAUGAGAUGCUCCUUCAGAAGUUCCCUUACCGUAUGGUCCCUGGCCUGCCUCCCAAAAGGAUGUUAGGAGCUGACCGGGAAUUCAUUGAGACCAGACGCCGUGCCUUGAAGCGUUUCAUCAAUCUGGUGGCGCGACACCCUCCUUUUUCAGAAGAUGUGCUUCUCAAGUUCUUCCUCUCUUUCAGUGGGUCGGAUGUUCAGAACAAGCUGAGGGAGCUGGUCCAAGGUGUGGGAGACGAAUUCAUGACCUGCAAGUUCGCAAUGCAAGCCAAGGAAUAUCUGCCAACAGAUAUCCAAAUCCAGUUUGCGGCCAGCCGAGAACUGAUCAGAAAUAUCUACAACAGCUUCUACAAACUCAAGGACCGGACCGAGCGGAUAGCAUCCCGGGCGGUGGACAAUGCCUCGGACCUUCUCCUCUUCGGGAAGGAGCUAAGUGCUUUGGGCUCGGACACAACCCCGCUGCCUUCCUGGGCGGCUCUGAACCACAGCGCCUGGGGGAACCUGAAGCAGGCCCUGAAAGGCCUUUCCGUGGAAUUUGCCAUGUUAGCCGACAAAGCCGUUCAGCAGGGGAAACAGGAAGAGAACGACGUGGUGGAGAAGCUCAACCUUUUCCUGGACUUGCUGCAGUCUUAUAAAGAUCUGUGCGAGAGGCACGAGAAGGGUGUGUUGCACAAACACCAGCGGGCUCUGCACAAGUACAGCGUGAUGAAGAGGCAGAUGAUGAGUGCCACGGUGCAGAACAAGGAGCCCGAGUCGGUGGAGCAGCUGGAAUCCCGGAUUGUGGAGCAAGAGAACGCAAUCCUGACCAUGGAGCAGCGUAACUACUUCUCCCUCUACUGCCUUCACCAAGAGACUCAGCUCAUCCACAUUUACCUUCCGCUCACUACUCACAUCCUGGGAGCCUUUGUCAACUCGCAGAUUCAGGGCCACAAAGAGAUGAGCAAAGUCUGGAACGAACUGAAGCCCAAGCUGAGCUGCCUGUUUGCGGGAAGCAGCGACGUCUUGAUGCUCCCCUUGUCUGCCCAAGAGGACCAUCUCCUUCCCAGUUAAUGUUUCUGAGAUUGAGGAUGGGAGGAGCUGGAAAGAACGGGGCUGCCCCUUAAUGACACUUAAGCGCACCUGUCCAGGUAUUCUUCUCUUGGCAAAUCCCAGCUUUGCCUCCCACAGCCUGAUUUGAGGAGGGGGGGGGGGCGGUUUCUCCACAAUCUCCAAUAUGUAGAGAUGUGAUAUUUUCCCCCCCAAAGACUCUUUUUCGUGUGUUGUCAUUUUUAACGUCGACUGUGAAGGCUCUAGAACAGCCCUUUGGGAAGGAGGGGGGGGGGCUGCCCCCUUGUCAAAAGAGACCCACUCUACUCCAGGAAAAAAGCCCAUAAUUCCAUGGGGAGUUAAGGCCGGGCAGCAAAUAUAUGUGCCCUC